AUGGCGGUUAAGGGCAGAACCACGCCUCUCCAUCUUCUCAAAAAGAAAUACCCAAAAAAUGUGGAACAAUCAGCUAGUUCCACUUGCCCAUCUGACGAAAUCUACGAUCAUCAUAAUAUCGAAGAUUCUCCUCUAGCCAGUGAGGUGACGAGACAGAAAGACGUGACAAAUGAUCCUUCAAUACGGAUCUCCCACGUCCUGUCUCACGAAAGGAGGCUCAACAGAAUCACAAACAGAGAGACCUCUUUCGCAAAAACAUUCGGUCCCACACAGUUCAGGCACUGGAACCUGGAUCGGUCACAAUAUUCAACCGCUAUCACACUAUUCAUUGAUGAUCUACCUACACGGCACCAUGGUAGGCUUGCCCCAUGUGCCGCUGUUUGUGCGACAACCACCGGUCUUCCGCCUGUUCACACAUCAGGCUCAAGGUCCAAUCCCAGAAGUGUCUCAGCCCAAUAUCAACCGUACAUCUCGCCGGCGGCCAUGCACAACCUGAUGUAUGCGAUCCCCUACCAGGCGCAACAACAUAUGGCCUAUGGCAGUAUGUCGUACUCGUACAUGAACAACCCCAUGCGAAGUGCAAGCUCUAAUUUCAACCAUGAACUACUUCAAUACGAGAUUCCACAUACUGCAAUGAUACUGAACAUGCCAAAAUAUGACAACAUUACUGACCCAGAUGACCACAUCGACAACUAUGAGUGGACAAUGACAUCUCUUAAGAUGGAUCAUCACUUCACCUGCACAUAUUUCCCAUGCACCAUAACAAGAAACGCAGUUGAGGAAAGGAAAAAGGGACGCCAACUCUAUGAUGGCAUGGGAAGAGUGAAAGGAGGCCAAUCUCAACGCUUUAGCAAACACAUACAUCAAACAGGAGGAGGCGACAUUCCGACCAAGUUCCUCAGCAGGAGAGACAAGAUGGUAACCAACAGAAACACAAUUGCCACUCUAGGCACGUGUCGAGGAGUGGGAAAAGUACCUCCAACCACCACAAUAGGGCAUGCUAGUCGGGUUUACUGGUCAUGGCAUCUGGUCAGCACGUACAAUCAUGCUCUCAUUUACACUGAAUACAAUAUCCUACUAGGCCGACCUGCACUUUUCCAACUACGAGCGAUUUUUUCCACUCUCCAUGAAAUUCUCAAAUUCAGCACAAGCGGAAGAAGAGAACCAAGCAGGCUCUUUGAUGAACAAAACAAAACCCUGGAUAACCGUAUGAAACACAUGAUUGAUAGGUGCAGGGAAAAGAGCAAGUGUUGCAGCACAUGUUGGACCAAGGAGAAGGGGAAAUGUGAGUGCCUGCAGAGCAUGAAGGACAAAAUUAUGCUCUUCCACACCAAGACCGGUGGUGGAAGCAGGAAAGAACCCCAAGCUAUCAAGAAGCACUUGGAGAAGAUGAGAAAAGGAUGCACAACCAUGACGAGGCAGUCACAACGGAGCAAUCGACCAAAAAUAAAGUGA